AUGCCGCGAGGCCAGGAAACGCGGCUUCGGUGCCUCGAUGCGGUACUGUGGGCCGCGAGUGCCUCAGUGGUGGUCCUGCUAUGCGCACUACUCUGCGGCUGCGGCCUUGCAGGUGCUGCGGCCGAACAAGAGCCGCUGGUGCUACAUACAAGCCUCGUAGACCUGCUCAACGCGGAGAACGCGCUGUGGAAGGUGUCGCUCGGCACUCCCAACGCUGCGAACCCGCCAGCCGUGUGGACGGCAAUGCACGAGGUGCGCGUGGAGACGCAGCCCUCCGAGUCGGCCGCUUCGCUUCUCUUCACGCUGCCGCCGCCGACCAGCUCGCAGCACCGCGUCGAGGACGCGAAGGAAGAAAAAUACGAAGACGGUGCGGCGACGAGGAAGCAAAGCGCGGUGUCCGGCGACGAUGCCUUUACACAGACGCAACGCCGAAAGCCCUUUGGCCACCUCGCCCGGUCCCUUCACGGAGUCUCUUGUGAGGAAUACCGAACGGGCGGGCGAGGGCAGCAGGGUACCGUGCAAGGCCGGUGCUUCUUCCUGCUGGACGACGGCGAGGACUUCUUUGUGCGCUACGAAGUAAAAAGCCCCGGCAACGGGGGGGAGCCAAAGAGUGACAGCGAGGAGGCAGCUGCCGCCAAGACCACCACAGCAGUGCGCCGCCGCCGCCAAGGCCGUGCUCCGGCGAAGGCUGUCGCUUCACCAAAGGCAACGGCGAGCAACAGCGCAGAGGCGUCGGGGGCGGAACCGCGGGUCGUGCGCAGCGCCUCCGCGAGUGGCGUGUGGACAGAGCACAUCCUUCUAGGCGAUAGCGCUGCCGCGGGUACCAAGGAGCCGAGCGCCGGCGCGGCAGAGGAACACGUCCGUGUCGGAGACGUGACCAUUGAUGAGUACAUCGGCGAGAUGGCAGAUGCGCGCCGCUCCAAGCAGAUGGUGCUGAAGCUCGCCAUAGUGGUGCCCCGAAAGACCGGUGCCUCGGCGGAUGGAAGCCAAGACGACGUAAUGCAUGUGCAGCUGGAAUGCACCACCGACGCUUUUUACGAGGACAUGGUGAAGCGUAGCAUGGGUGCGGUGAAGGCGGCUCGCACGAGCUUCUUUCAUCGCUGGGUGUGGCCGGGACUGUUCGCCACUGCCAUCUACGCGAUGUUGGCGGCGACGGCUCGGCUGGUUGCCUGGCGCAAAGUGUCGCAGGGGAGUGCGGCCUCGACUACGGCGGGCGCGGCGAAGAAGCGGCAGUGA